UUGCUCUCUUUAGGUAGAGAGGAAGCAAGGGCUAAAUCCCACUGGUGGUGCAGGUCUGGUGGUGACAGCAUGUCCUGUCAUAGAGUCUGAGGUGGACAACAUGCAGCAUGUAUAUGACAACAUGCUGAGUUCAUACUCGCCUCUGUGCCAGUACACUAAGGCCCACAUUAGUUUCCGUGCUUAUCUGGAUCCAGGUGUCCUGGAGACAUACUUUAGGAUACCGAAGCUAAAUUGAAAGAGGCAGCCUCAACCAGCAAGACUAAAUGGAAAGCUGUCAGUAAAAUCCACCGUUAAGAGAGUCCUACAUCACCAAGGCUGUCAUUGCUAGGAAGAAGCCCUCUUUUUUAUAUGCCAACUCUAAAACCGGCAUAAAAAGCCAGACUGAAGUUUGCAGGUGAUAACCAGCCUUUUGAAGAAGUGUUCUCUGGCCAGAUGAAACAAAAUCAAACUGUGUUAUGUAUGGAGGAAAAAGGUUGAGGCUUUUAAUCCAAAGAACACCAUCCCAGCUGUAAAGCAUGGGGGUGGCAGCAUCAUGUGGGGUGUUUUGCUGGAAAAGGACUUCAGAAAAUAGACGGCGGGAGGGAGGAGGACGCUGAAGCUACACCUCAAGACAUCAGCCAGAAAGUUCAAACUUGGUCACAACUGAUUCUUCCAGCAAGGGCUUCAAACAGACAUGGACAUAGCUCAGGAAACCAGAGGUACUCUUGGAAUUUCCACCUGUACUCUGCUCCAGCAAUUCUCUACAAUUUGGACACGAAGCCCAGGUUCUGAAGAUGAAAAGUGUCUCCAGAGAAUGAUGCUGCCACCACCAUAUUUCACUGUAGGGAUGGUGUUUAUUGAGUCAGAGUUACAGUGGAUCCCAGGAACACCGGUUGCAAGGAGGAAGAAUUCACCCUGGAGAAUUCACCAGUCCAUCGCAGAGCACAAGGAGCAUAACCAUCAGCAUUCAUACAAUUAGCAUAGCCAGUCCACCUACCUGCAUGUUUUUUUGGACAGUGGGAGGAAACCGGAGAGGUAACCCAGAGGAAACCCACAGGACCACGGGGAGAACAUGCAAAACACAGUACAGACAGUCAGAUUACAGCGAUACCCACUGCACCACCAUAGCUCCCCAUGUCUCCUUUCAAACUUAGGGGUUUCACAUAUAGUAAAACCAUAAUUCUGAAACUUUGGAACAUUUACUUUUAUGGUAAUAAAUUGCAGUCUGUCAAUCUGUUUUGUAUAUGAUUUGAUAAACAUUAUAUGGCCAAAAGUUUGUGCACACCUGACCAUCACAUCCAUAUGUGCUGCUUGUUGAACAUCCAAUUCCAGAUUUAUUCCUCUUCUGCUGUUAUAAUGAGCUCCACUCUUCUGGGAAGCUUUUCACUAGAUUUUGGAGCGAGGCUGUGGGGAUUUGUGUUCAUUCAGAAACAAGAGCAUUAAUGAGGUCAGACACUGAUGUUGAGCGAGGAGGCUCCAGUUCCAGUUCAUCCCAAAGGUGUUCAGUGGGGUUGAGGUCAGGGUUCUGUGGACACUCGAGUGCUUCCACUCCAACCUUCACACACCAUGUCUUCAUGGAGCUCGCUUUGUGCACAGGAGCAUUGUCACGCUGGAACAGGUUUGGACCUCUUUAGUUCCAGGGAACAGAAAUCUUAAUGCUAAGAUGUCUUAUACAGUUGUGUACUUUGCGGUAACAGUUUUGGGAAGGCCAACAUCUGGAUGUGAUGAUCAGGUUUCCACAUACUUUAUACCAUACAUAUAGUGUAUGUUCAAACGGUUUGUGCAUUCCUACUGUACUUUUCAUGAACAUAUAAGAGUUGAACAUGGCCUGUUUCCUAAAAUGACUUUGACAUGCUUAUCUAAAGGGUUAAGAAGAGUUACAGUAAGUGUGUAAAAGCUGCUCUAUGGGUUUGAAGGUCGUCGGUUUGUUAGUCAUCACUAUUCCAUUGUAAGGGAGAAGAAACACCCAUCCUUCUUGCUCUCCCCGCCUACUCGCGCGCUGCAUUUAGGCUCGAUGCUGCUGCGUGGUGUUAGGCAUUGCACUGCGCUCACGCGCUGCCGAAAUCCUGCGACGCCACGGAAUGCGCGACUUGACGGCGGAGCGCGCGCUGCUCCCGCUGCUGAUGCUGUGCGCGAGCUGGAGGCUCGUGGCGGCAAACUGGGAGCUCACGCUUCUGCACACCAACGAUGUGCACGCCCGCGUAGAGGAAACCAACAAGGACUCGGGCAAGUGCACGAAGGGCGGCUGCUUCGCCGGCGUCGCGCGACGGUUCACGAAAAUCAAAGAGAUCCGGCGCAGCGACAAGAACGUGCUCCUGCUGGACGCCGGGGAUCAGUUCCAGGGCACCGUGUGGUUCAACUACUAUAAAGGCAGCGAGGCGGCGUACUUCAUGAACAAACUCGGCUACGAUGCCAUGGCUCUAGGAAACCACGAGUUUGACAAUGGAGUGGAGGGUCUCAAGCCCUUCCUGAAGGAGGUGAACUGCACUGUGCUCAGCGCUAACAUCAAGGCUGUUGAACCUGUUGCUUCACAGCUUAGUGGAUCUUAUUUACCGUAUAAAAUCUUCAACAUUGGCUCUGAGAAAGUCGGCAUAGUGGGAUACACAUCCAGGGAGACACCCGAUCUGUCAAUGCCAGGGCCGUACCUGCGUUUCGAGGACGAGGUCACUGUCUUGCAGCAUGAGGUAGACAAACUCAUCACUCUGGGCGUUAACAAGAUCAUCGCUCUCGGCCAUUCUGGAUUUGAAACGGACAAAGAGAUCGCCAAAAAGGUCCGUGGCGUGGACGUGGUGAUUGGAGGACACACCAACACUUUUUUAUUCACAGGGGCUCCCCCGUCUAGCGAGGUUCCAGCAGGACCCUACCCAUUAAUGGUGCAGUCCGAUGAUGGUCGUCAGGUGCCCGUGGUCCAGGCCUAUGCUUUCGGGAAAUACCUCGGCUAUCUCAAAGUGACUUUUGAUUCUAAUGGAAACUUGUUAAAAGCCGAAGGAAAUCCAAUCCUCCUGGAUAGCAACAUAACUGAAGAUCCCAGCAUUAAGGCAGACGUGGAGUCCUGGAAGGUCAACUUGGCCAAUUACUCAUCUCAGUUCGUGGGGAAGACUCUGGUCUAUCUUAAUGGGACAUUUGAAGAGUGUCGAUUUCGUGAAUGCAACCUGGGAAACUUGAUCUGUGAUGCCAUGGUCCAUCACAACAUCAAAUAUCCAGAUGACUUUCAGUGGAACCAUGUUAGUGCCUGUAUUUUAAAUGGAGGAGGUAUACGGAGCCCCAUUGAUGAGAGAAGCAGAAAUGGUAGCAUCACUAUGGAGGAUGUGAUCGCUGUGUUGCCGUUUGGUGGAACGUAUGAUCUGGUUCAACUGAAAGGCUCUACACUGCUCCGGGCCUUCGAGCACAGUGUACACAGAUAUGGAGGAAAUACUGGGGAGUUCCUACAGGUCUCAGGCUUUCAGUUAGAGUAUGACCUGAGUAUGCCCCCUGGUGAGCGAGUGAAGAAGGCGAGUGUGUUGUGUACUGAGUGUCGAGUGCCGCGGUACGAGCCUGUGGUCCCUGAAAAAGUCUACAAGGUCAUCAUGCCAUCCUAUCUAGUGGAUGGAGGAGAUGGUUUCUCAAUGAUCAAGGAGGAGAAGCUGAAACAUGACAGUGGUGACCUUGACAUAACCGUCUUUGCUGGCUACAUCUCAGACAGGCAGAGGGUCCAUCCAUCUGUGGAGGGACGAAUCCGUCUCGUUAAUUCUGCUGUUGGAAUCUCAAGUCAGCUGACUGCUUUACUGCUCUUUGUGCUGCUCUGGGUCUCACGUUUAAGCUUGUGAGCUUAGUACAGUACGUCCUCUGUAUCUCAGUUGUAUACAUCAGAGUCUUUGUUAUUUUUACUGUUUAAUGACUGAGGAGAUUGUGAUAUUUUAUAGAGAUUUGCUAUAGGUAAUGUACUGUCUUGUAUAAUAAGAAAAACCUCUAUGUCUAUGUUCUCUGUCUAUUAAUGUGUUUGAGUAAUGUUUGUAAAUGACACAAGAUUGUACUGGGAAAUUAUGUAUAGACAUGCCAUUCUGCCAAGAUACAGUCAGUGAUUUUUAUCUCAAUAUUGAUUGCUAAAACCUAAUAAUCAAACUGAAAAAAAAUCAGGAAGGUUUAAAAUUAAUCUUAACAUUAUUAUUUUUUAACAAUGUCAGCAAUAAGAUUGGUCUGUUACAAUGUAUUAGUAUUUAUUUGACAUUUAGUAAAUUACUACUAAAUAGUACAUAUUGAUUUUUACAGUUUUCACUAUAGUAUCGAUGAUUUAAAUCACAAGAUGAACUACACAAUAAAAAAGGUUAGCUUCCACAAUGCCAUUCUAAAGAAGUAACAACUAAAAAUAUAUUUUAGAAACAAUCUGCUGCCAUGUAUUCACUUCUUCAGCAGUUGAAUGUAAUGUAAUGUUGUCGUAUUUACAUGAAUUUGUCUUUAUGUUAGAUGACUGUAUUCAGUUUAUGUUUAAAAAAAAAAAAAAAAAACAGGUUCACUUGUUCCUCAACUAGAUCUAAGAAUAUUGUGAGUCGAGGCCAUGUAGGAAGCUGGCUGAAGAAGGAAGUCGUUGUAAUUCAGUAAAAACACAGUUCUCAGGGAGCCAUUUGGGAACAAAAGGUGCUUUGUGGCCAUCUUUUGCUGUUUGCACUGAACUGACCUUGAGCUUGCUUGCUUUAUUUGUUUCAGUAUCUCACCGUAGGUGCAGUUGGGGACCUCAAAAAGGGGAGUUUCACUUAACAGCGCCAACUAUUUCGGCAUUCAGUCUAAAGGCUUUACUUUGUUUCUUGUGCUACCCAUUUUCCUGUAACUGCAAGCCUAUUAUUAAGACACUGCCUCAUUCAGAUGUAGAAAAUAUCAGCACUGUCUAUAAUACAGAACUGUAUAAUUUCCUUUGCAAAUGAAAUGGUAAUUGAAAGAAAAAGUCCCCAAUUUCAUGGGGCACAGCGGCAGCUGCAUGCACUUUUCAGAGUGGAAUUUUACUAUGAAUUCUUUGAACUGAUCUAAAUUUUGUGUGCUAAAGGGCAGAGGGGACGCAUUUAAAUGCUCCAUAUAUAACUGGUAAUAGAGCUGAAACUAAAGUCACAUAAAUGUGUGUGAAAACUGUUACAGCUCUGAAUUCUCACCUUGGUCAGAAGGUUUCGUUAAUUUUCUAUAAUAGCAUUUUUUUAAAUAAUAAUUUAUAGUACAUUAUUGCAGGGGAUCCCAAACUAGAGGUCACGACCCCAUGUGGUGUCAUAUGAUUUACAAAUUUAGGUCACAGGAGAAACUCACACUCUCCUCUUUUGUUUAAUUCAUUGCACAAAUUAAUAUUAGACAUAUUGAAGAUGGAUUUUGUGUGCUAAUAUUUUUAAAUGUUUUGAAAUCACAGAAAAUUCAUGUCCAUUUGGGGUCAUUUGCCCAAAAAAAGUUUGGGAAUCCAAAUCUUUUAUUGUUUUAUUGUAACAGCUUAUUCAAUGAAAGAGGCAUCAAAGAAAGCCCAAACCAUGAUGCUCCCACCACCAUGUUUCAUACAUGGGAUGAGAGCUUGGUGUUGGUGUUUAGUACUUGUCCCUCUUUUGUUCAUAAACAGCGGUCCCAAAAAUGUACAGUUGGACUUUUUGAGACGAGAUGAGACAUGCAGCAAUAUUUAUUUUUUCAUAUUUCUUUCAUUAAAACCUGUUUAUGUUGUUUUUUUUUUUAAUAGUGUACACUUGGAGUGGAGAUUAAAGCAACUUCUAGAGAUCUCUAUAAGACUUUUGACGUUACCUUUGGGUUCUUUGUCCUUCAGCUCUGCACACUGUUUUCUUAGUGUGGUCUUUGCAGGACACCUACUUCUUGGGAGAGCGCCAACAUGUCCAAAUUUCUCGUUUGUAAGCCUUUUCUCUUAUUGUGCCUGGAUGAACACUCAGUAAUCAUCUUUAAAGUCAACAGGCUAGUGUUGUCAUAGCUAGUAGGAACAAGCUUGUAACUUAAUGUACAGUGGCCCCAAAAGGUAUUUGGACACGUAAGCCACACUUAAAAUGUAUGAAUCUCACUGCAUUAGAAAACAUGUCAAUCCAGUGAAAGAUACCACAAGCACACUUUUCAAGCAAAACAUUUCCAAAAAAAUAGAUUAUGUUUAGAAAUAUAAAAAUAAUACAUAUACUUGUCAUAAUUAGACAACAAACUAUUUUGACAUUCAAUAUUGGCUUCAUUAAAGAUCACAGUUACAGUGUUUUAGUGUUUAGUUCACCAUAGUUUGUUUCACAGAAUGUCUUGCCAACGUCUGGGCCUGGAAACAACCAGUUUCUGUAACAGCUUUGAUGGAUGUUUCCUCUAAAUAGUACCCUUGGUGCAGUUUGGUUGGAAUUUUUCUCCUGGCUUUAUUUACACAAACACUCUACCAUCAGAUCCAUCCAAGUUCAGUUUGAACUCAUCUGAAAAUAAGAUACUUCUCUUAUUGCUGCUGUCUUUCUGCGCAUGUUCUUUUGCAAAUUGCACCCUUGCCUUCUUAUUUCUGAGGCUGACGAAAGGUUUCCGCCACAUUACUCUCCCUCUGUAUCCAUGCUAAUUGAGCCUGUUUUGAACAGUUUGUGCAAUAAGUUGUAUCUGGUAGUUCUCAUUGAUGUCUGAAACAAUCCUUGCUGCUGUUUCUCUGUGUUUUUCUUAAUUUUACUAUCAAUUAUGCCUGUACGUUGUCUGCUUUCAUUCGCAAGUCCUUCAUCUUUGAAUUUUUUUUUUUACAAUACACUGAUACAUAGAUAAAAAUUACAGUAUAUUAUUUGGGAAAUGUUUUGCUUGAAAAUGUUGUGCUUGUAGUAUCGUUCCUUAAAAUAAAUGCCACUUGGUUUGA